CUUACCCCUGGGUGAGUUAAUUACGCAUCACUUAGCUGUUGCCAAUGUGUUCACAACGGUGGACCCUCUUUUGGGCUUUUUACAACGAUUGUCUUCAUUUUUCGGUCAAUCUAGUAUGGAAAGUAGACAACAAUGGCUUACCAGGCUGAAAAAUGAACUUAGCAACAGUCCUCUGGUAUCAAAUGUGGCGUUUGGCUUUAUCCUCAUGGGACUAGAGAAGCUGGUGGAGCUGGAGUUUGAGUGUCCUUGCAACCCUACAUGGAACGGAGUAUUUUCAUCAGCUUUCUUCAUCAUUCCUGCCGUCAUGGCCUUCACCUUGAUGUUGAUCAUUCAAGGAUGCAGAUGUGAUACGUGGUGCAGGAAAACUGUUUCCCUCUCCAGUUUUGUUCCUGCUAUCGUGUGGCUGAUCUUGUUGUUCCUCGAUGGCCAAUACUUUGCUUGUGCUAUGACAGACUGGGAGGGUAGAUUUGUAAUAGUUGACAAGGCGGCUCCGCAGAAGUGGUGUGAGCCGAUAAGUGAGGGAGAAGUCACCCCACAAGAACUAAUGCUCCGCUCACAGCAGCUCUUUGUUUUUUCUCAGGUUAUAGGCAUAAUCCUCCUCAUUUUCAUCUGUGUGGGUCUCGUAGUGUAUGUAAUCAGAGAAAGCUGCGAACAAGAGGUGGAGAUGGAGGAUGCAGAUGUAGCCGAGCUCACAGUGCUCAGGAUGAGCUCUUUACGGACCCGGACAUCAUGAGAGGACUUGCACCGCCCAACAAACACCUGCCUGAUGGCAUGGAAACUUUGUAAAUCCUUUGAACAGACUUCACUACCAGUUUUCGUAACUAUUGUUAAUAGGUGCUGUUUAAAAGUGUUUUAUGUUAAGGAGAUAGCACAUGAUUGGUAAAUGAUGCCUCCAAGUGAAGGUAAUGUAAGUAUGGAUGUCAUUUAAAACAGUAUUUUGUUUUUGUUUUUUAUAUAAUAUCGAAUUUGUAACCAUUUUUGUGCCUCUUACUAUAGUUCCUAUCUUUAAGGGAAAGUGUUAUAUUUCGGGAAAUAUGCCUCUUAACAUAUGUCCAAGGGUUUGAUGAGGAGGUCAAAACUACACUCAUCUCUGUCUUCUAACUUUAAAGCACCAGCUAGCUGCUGGUUAGCAUUGCCUAAAAUAAAGAAAAGGGGAACACAGCCAGCAUUUUUCUGUCCAUAUAUAACAAAAUCAUCUUUACAGUACCUCUAAAGGAGGUCUGUCCUAAAGCUUUAAGUUUUUAAAGUAAAAUUAUUAUUUGUUAGUUUUAAAGGAGGUUAUGUUCCAGAAGAGACAGAAAGUCUGGUACAUAACCCCCCGUACAUAAAAUGGUGAAUUACCUGUUUCGCUGUGUUCCAGGUGCUAGGUUCAGCAAAACAGCUUUUUACCAUAGUUUCAAAUAAGUGACAUUCAACCUCGGCAAGGUUUUUUUUCCUGUCAUCGUGAAUUAUUAGCAAGAAUCCAUGAGAAGCUCAUACAGAAGUGUUCCCUAACUUUAAGCUUUUGGUACCUUUAAAAGUAGUGUUUUCUCGUGCCUUAUAUACAUGCUAUUGCAACACAAGUGGAAUCCACCAGGCAGCUAAUAUCAAUCUGACUAAUGUUAGUUGACUUGUUAUAUUGUGUGUGUCCUGAAAAUGUUUAUUCAAAGUGGAGUUUCACUUUAUAUCUUUUAAUUUUCCCACAUUGGUCGUUAACCUCUUCAGACUUUUAAAGGGUCUUGCUCCCCCUCUUGCCUUAUGCCGCCAACAGUGAUGAAACUGAAUAAAUUCAUGUACCUUUUUGACACCUACCAUGUAUACACUGAUUUCUAUCAUAGCUGCAACCCGCCAAUAGUGAUAUGUAGACAUGAGUUCUGUAACUGUAUUUGCAGUACGUUUUUUUUUUUAUUGUUUUGUAAUAAAAUAAUUUAUUUAUUGAAGUAAAACAAUCAGGGAUCUUGUACUGUCAUGUCAUAUUUGCAUAACAAAUUCCACAACUGGAACGCUGAAUCUCCUGUCUGCACAACAGAUUGACCUUUCAAGGUACCAAUAAAGAAACCUUGAACCUUGAACAACCCUCAUUACCCCAACGGUCUUGGGAUUCUGAGUUUGUCUGUAACUGCACUAAAAGCUAGAUUUUACUGUAGCGUCGCUACAGCGAGGAAAUUUAACAAACGCCAAUCCACCGUUGAACAUCAGCAUUUGAAUACUCAACACUGAUGUUCCAACAGCUACAACC